AUGGCCGAUGUCCGCAGUUUCACCGUUCGACCGCUAACGAAGCAGGCCCGAAGUGACCUCAAGGAUGCGUUCCGUGUCUAUCUGUCUUCCUCCUCUCUAGCUGCUCUCAGACUCCGCGCUGAUGAUCUAUGUACCUUGACAUCCGCCGAAAGAGCCCCGAAGACUGCGAUUGCUUGGACCGCAGUGGAGAAUAUACAGAGCACUGUUGUACAAACAUCGAGGACUCUUCAGGAUAUUUACGGAAUCAAGAUCGGAGAGAAAGUGGCGAUCACCAAACUCGACGGCACUCUCGACGAGAUCGAAUCGAUCAUUUUGGUCGACUGUUCCGACCCCGAGAAGAUCGAAAAACAUGGCCCGAUAGCCACCGAUGAACGGUGCCACUGGGAAUGGACCUUGGAGUUUCAACUCCUGCGAUGCGAUGUUUUGACCACCGGUCUGGUUUUUGAGCUGGAGCUCAAGGGCCAGCGCCGGAGCUUUAAGGUAGUCCACAUACACGCCCAGAAUUCAAGGACAAAUCGCACCAUUUUCCGUUUCACCAAAAAUUCCAAGAUUUCGAUUGGAACAGAAACGGAGAGGAUGAAAGAGUCGUUCUCCAGUAUCGUUGUUCAGCCCAUGGGCUUGGGUGGUCUCUCGCGGCAGAUUGAAGACAUCAAUGAGAGUCUGUCUGACUUCAACCUUGAUCCGCGUAGACCAGUCAUGCCCUCGUUCUACGAGCAUAGUCGGGGCAUCCUUUUAUAUGGUCCCAAGGGGACAGGUAAGACGACGCUCCUGCAGCAAAUUGAGAACGCUGGCUGGAAGCAAGUCUUCAAAAUUGGCGCUUCAUCCCUUGGCCGAAGUACCAGCGAAAGCGAGAUGAAGCUCCGCAAUACAUUCCAAGAGGCUGCUCGUGCUAAGCCUAGCGUGAUCCUGAUUGAUCAGCUGGAGUUCAUUGCACCAAAGCGAACUUCCCUUGAAUCCCAGUCCCUGGCGUCUGUCCUAUGUGAGAACCUGGAUGCGAUUCGAAGUGCAUCCGUUCUGGUGGUGGCGGCCACCCGGCAUCCCAACCAUGUUGACGAUGCUCUCCGAACACCUCACCGACUCGGCACUGAGAUUGAGCUACAAGUUCCUACGGCACAGGAUCGGGCUGAAAUUCUCCAUGCCAUUCGUGGGCCUGUCUCUGCUGGACUCAGCGAUGAGCUCGUUGAUUUCCUCGCCGAAAAAACUCACGGAUAUGUCGGGGCAGAUCUUUUCGCUCUACUUCAGCUGAUAUGUCGGAAAGCUCGGCAACGGCAGCUGCUCGAGCAAGGUUCCCCGCUUCUACCAGCGAAGUCACCCUCUCGAGAUCGAGAAUCGGACCCGUCGCUUGAUGAUCCUAGCGAUGGGGAAAUUCGUGUCGACUUGGCCAUCCGGGAGACAGAUAUCCUUUCUGCCCUGCAAGAGAUCCGCCCGACGGCUAUGCGGGAGGUUUUCUUGGAGACACCAAAGGUGCGGUGGUCGGACAUUGGAGGGCAGCAUGAGAUCAAAAAACGCCUUCAGCAGGCCGUGGAGAGACCUCUCAAGACGCUCACCGUCAAGGCACUGGCUACAGAAGCUGGCCUAAACUUCUUGGCUGUCAAGGGUGCAGAAAUUCUGAGCAUGUAUGUUGGCGAGUCUGAGCGGUCGCUGAGAGAGAUCUUCCGCAAGGCCCGCGCAGCACGGCCCAGUAUCAUCUUCUUUGAUGAGAUCGAUGCCAUUGCUGGUCGUCGCAGCAGCAGCUCCCAGGGGGGUGUCAAUGUUUUGACCACUCUGCUGAACGAGAUGGACGGUAUCGAGGAAUUGCGCAAUGUGUUGGUCAUUGCCGCCACGAACAAGCCGGACGUCCUCGACCCAGCCCUGAUGCGACCCGGUCGUCUUGACAAUAUUUUUUACAUCGGCCCACCAGACUUUGAAGCCCGGCGAGAGAUUCUCCGGAUCUGGGCAAGCAAAUCUGUAGUUGAUCCGAACGUGGACCUGGAUGAAUUGGCAGCUUGCACCGAGGGCUAUUCGGGCGCCGAAAUGGUCAGCAUCUGCGAGACCGCCGGUGAUGCAGCGUUGGAUGAAGAAGAGGAGACGAAGCAGGAACAGGAUGUCAAGCUGAAGCACUUUGAAUACGCCUUAGGCCAGGUGCGGCGUCAGAUCACCGACUCGGUCAUCCAGGAGUAUGAACAAUGGCGAGACGCGCAAAAAUAG